AUGAUGGAAGUGCAAUCCCAAAGUUUGGAUAGAAUCAGCACUCUUCCUCAAGACACAAUUGAAAAAAUUCUGACUCUUUUGCCCAUUCAAGAUGCAUUGAGGACGAGCGUCUUGUCAAAGAAAUGGAGGCAUUGCUGGAAGGGAAUGCCUAAACUUGUAUUUGAUGACAAGUACUUGAAUAGCUCAUCAAGUAGCAAAGAAAUUAACAAAUAUAAGUUUGUCACUUCCAUCUUCCAUGUUUUGUUACUACACAAUGGUCCAAUAUUAGAAUUCAGUAUCUCUAUUAAUAUCGAUACAGAAAUUGUUGAUCAGAUUGACCAAAUAAUACUUCAUCUUUCAAAGAGCAAAAAUAUCAAGAAAUUCAUCUUAUUCUGUCUUAAUUCUGGUUUUGGUAUUCGGCUAAAGCAGUUUGCUAAAGGCAGUAUGCAGAAACUCCCUACUUUACUAGUCCACUUGAGGAUUCUUUUUCUUGAUGUGUGUUUUCUGAAACAAGAUGAGCUUUCGUAUGCUCUCGGUGUGAUCAACAGCGCCCCAAAUUUGGAGAAGAUAAAAAUAGAGUCGUGUUGGAACCAUAAGCUGUGUGGUCAACAAACUUGCAAGGACUUGCUUGAUCUUCAAGACUACUAUUUGGGAAUGAAGUUGGAUCACCUUGAAGAACUUGAGAUAAAUAGUUUCCAUAACUAUGCUCCUGAAAUGGAGUUUGUGAAACUCGUCAUGGCUAAGUCGCCUAUGCUUAAGAAAGCACGGAUAAAGCUUAAUUCAGAUGUUUCUGUGGAUAAAGAAAAUAAGAUUCUUCGAGAUUUGCUGCGAUUAACAUUUCCACGUGCAUCACCAGCAGUGGAUAUCAUUGUUGAACGUUAA